AACUGUUUAAAAAAUUAAAAAUCUACCGCGCAGUAAUCGCUGCAAGUAUUCGAUAUAUUCGCCGGUCCGGCGAUUUCUCCAUACAUAUAUAAAGACAACCGAUGCUCCAUUCGUCGUCAUUCGAUUGCAAACAUUUUUCCUACCAACAUUUCUCGCCUCAGGAGUUAUCUGCAAAUUGUUAACAAAAUGGCCCUGCCGCAAAAGCACUUCAAGAAGGGUUCUGCCAAGCCAGAUAUUCCCGAAGAUGGCAAGCUGCGUUUCUUCUCCAUGGCUUUUUGCCCCUUCAGCCAUCGGAUUCGCCUCUUGCUGGCCGCCAAAAAGAUUCCACAUUACAAUAUCUACAUAGACUUAAUUGAAAGGCCGGAGUGGUUCAAGGACUACAGUCCGUUGGGCAAGGUACCUGCUCUUCAGCUUGCUGGAAUAAAGGAUCAACCUACGCUGGUAGAAUCCCUCAUCAUAGCGGAGUACUUGGAUGAACAGUAUCCUGAACCACGACUGUUUCCCACGGAUCCGCUCCAAAAAGCCCUGGACAAGAUUCUCAUCGAACGUUUUAUUCCGGUGGUCAGUGCCGUUUAUCCAGUGCUGACCUGCAACUCGAAAGCUCCGCCAGAUGCUUUACAGAACUUUGAGAAUGCAUUGGAUGUUUUUGAGGUGGAGUUGGCCAAAAGGGGUACUCCCUUUUUUGCUGGACAGAACAUUGGUAUUGUGGACUACAUGCUUUGGCCCUGGUUCGAACGCUUUCCCAGCAUGAAACUCAAUACGGAGCAGAAAUAUGAACUGGAUGCCAACAGGUUUGCAAAUCUGCUGAAGUGGCGGGAAUUGGUUGCUCAGAAUUACGCUGUGCAAACCACUGCUUUGGAUGUCCAGCUGCAUGCCGAGUUCCAGAAGUCCAAGACCUUCGGAAAUCCCCAAUACGAUAUAGCCUUCAAGGCCAAGAUCUAGAAUGUCAACUCGUUUCGUCAAGAUCACAUCUACAAAACCGGUUAUUGGGCCACUUUUUAUUCAUUCCAAGCUAACAAUUCAAAUAAACGAAGUGCAUCAGGCCUCCUUAA